AUGGCCUCUGAUCUUAUGGGAAAACUCAAGGAGACUCUGGCUCCUGCCAACACGGAGUCUCGCAACACCGACUCUUACAACGAGUCUCGCAACACCAACUCCUACAGCACCGAGCCUCAUAACACCAGCUCUUAUAACACCGAGUCCUACACCCCCAACCAACAAAACGAGCAGCGAGACUUUGGCUCAAACGCUCGCACUGCGCCCCUCGAGUCAACCAGCAACCAGCACCGACAGACCGAGGGUGUUCGCACUGGAGACAGAAUCGACUCACUGGUAGAGAACGUCCCCGGCGUGCCCUCCACCCAGACCAAGCCCUCAAACCCCCCUUCUUACCAAAGCACCAUGCACCAAUCCCAUAACACACCCAUCGACGCAGCUUAUGCUCCUCCCUCUGCUCUCAGGGCGCACCUUGGCGAGCCGGUUAUCGAGCAUGAUUAUCCCGAGGACAGCACGACGAAGCGUCAUUCUGUUAGCCACCAGGAGGAGCACUUCAACCUUAACUAA